UGGAGAGAGUGAGGCAGUGAGAGCGGAAACGGGGAGAAGUUUGACAACCGAGAGGAAGGACGGAUAAGACUCGGUCGACGGGUGGACAUGUGAGGGAGCAGAGCGGAGAGAAAGCAUCAAUGAAGGAGUGGCCACUGCUGGUAUUUAGGAAAUAAUCCCAGUCAGACAACGACACUGACAUGAUGUGGACGACAACUGUCAUUCUGCUGAUGGUGCCUCAUCUGCAUUCCUCCACUGACACAGGACAGAGCGGCUAUUUCAGCCAAUCAGAAAUAGUCAACGAGGACCUUCCCGAUGCCCCGGUCAAAGGUCAGAAACUUCCGGGAGGGGUCAAAGGUCAGGACACAUGCUCCAUCCCCUGUGACAUCACUGUGAAGCUGCUACGAGAUGAAAAACAUUCCAUCUGUGGCCAGUUACAGCAGUCUCUGUUAGUGUUUGGACGCAGCACCCGCAAGCUGAUCAGGGAUGUGAUGGAGGAGCAGCAGAGAGCCCUGGACAUCCUCAGCAGUCAGGUAACAGAGCUGAUGACUAAAGUGCAGACGCUGAGCUCUGAGGUUCAGAGAAACAACGCUGAGCUGUACUCCAUCAAACCGGUGCAGUCCCACGGACGAGACUGCAGUGACAUCAAGGACAGUCUUUUGUCAGUCGUCCCCAAGAUCCCCAGUGGUAUUUACAUCGUCCAACCGGAGAACACAGACUCUUCUUUUGAGGUGUUCUGUGAGAUGGACUACAUGGGAGGCGGAUGGACGGUGAUGCAAAGGAGGAGCGACGGAUUGGCUGACUUUAAGCGAGCCUGGGCCGAUUAUGUCGAUGGCUUUGGAAACCUUGCAGGAGAACACUGGUUGGGUCUGAAGAAGGUAUUUCAUAUAGUAAACCAGAAAGAUACUCGGUUCCAACUUCACAUCGCCCUGGUGUCCCACGAUGACGUCACCGCUUACGCAGCAUAUGAUGAUUUCGACAUGAGCAAUGAAACCGAGUUCUUCAGCAUACACCUGGGCAGAUAUGCAGGCAGCGCAGGUGACGCUUUUCGCGGCCACGAACAGGAUCAGAACCAAGACACGGCUCCGUUCAGCGCCUCGGACGUGGACAAUGACGGCUGUAAUCCCUCCUGCUCCAUCGGAAACCUUACAGUGGAAAGCUGCAGCAUCCGGCACAACCGGACGGGAUGGUGGUUCAACCAGUGCGGCCUGGCGAACCUCAACGGCUCUCCCGAAGACGCAGAGCUGAACCCGGGCCAGAGGACCAACAUAUUGUGGGACACCUGGAGACAGAACGGAGUCCCUCACGCCAUCAAAUCCGUCACGAUGAAGAUUAGGAGGAUUACGACCAAUAAUUGACGGAGAGAAGAAGCAGAGGAACAGAAGGAGAAAGCACAUAUUGUAGAAGUUGCACUGCAUCGUUGUAGAACCUGAAGUUCUAAUAAAAGAGGACCGAAGGAUGAAAGGAAACCUCGUUUUCAUUUUCCCCCCCCCAAGAAUCUUUUAACUUUGACCUGAGGAUAAAUAUUACUGAUUAUCAUGUAAUACAUGACAUCAGCAAACACCCAAAUUAUAAUGAAGUAUCAAAUACAUUUCUGUAAUACAAAAUAUAUUUAUAAAUCUUUUGUAAAUAAGAUGUAAUGGUUUUAUUAAUGGUUGAUAAAUAAUUGACUAACGUUGUUGAUCAGGUAUUAAUAACAACAACUUUCGGGUUGCCAUGUUAUUUUAAGACUUGUAAAAAACCUUGAUCUCUGUGGAGGGCCAACGAUUUCAUGAAAAGAGGAUCCUAAAAACCAUUACACUAAAUACCAUCAUGCAAUAUGUUGUGUUACUGACAGAAACAGGUGGUUAAGCCGUAGCUGACGUUUUCCUAGGACAAUUUUAGAAAAAUAAUAACGUAAUAAUGUAAGAUAACGAUUAAAAAAAAAUCUCUAUCAGGGGAAGUUUUAGGAAUCCCUUUAUUCUUUUUUAACACAUUUUAGUGUGAAGCUUUAUAAGCGGAGGCCAUUAAUACAUCUCAAGUAAAUCUGUACUGUAACGUUGAAAUGUGACUGGCACCACCAGGUGAAACUGAUGCUCCUGAAGUACCAACCCACUCCAGUAGAGGGUGCACUCUCCAUGGUGUGUUGUUUAAGAUUUACAUGUAGCAUGUGUGUGUGUGUGUGUGUGUGUUUUUUCCUCUGCAGCAACUCCAUGCAAUUUAAUCCCAGCAGGAACUUCUGAAGUUCCAUUUUGACAAUAAAAA